AGUCUCUAUGCUUUCUUAAAUAUAUUAGGACACAAAACGCAUAAUGUGAUCAGUCUUAGCGAAUAUGCAAUUGCGAAAAUCUACAAAGUUGUAAAUCCUUUUGAACCAACAACUUCAGAUAAACAGCGGACAGAGAUCGAUUGGAAUAAAUGUAUUUUAUCUCAAGACAGCAGUUCUGAAAGUCUCUCUUGCCCUGCCGAUUCUACGCGUGGCACAGAUGAGCUGGUUAUAAAACGACUGCUGAAAGUCUCAUUGCAUUUGAAAAACUCGGUUGUUUACCUAAGCAAAUAA